AUGGCCGACAAGUACGUUCUGGAGGAGCAGACGGCGUUCGAGAACGGCGAGCGUGAAGGAUUCCCGUGUUUUGUGUACAAGCACCGGGCAAGCGACUUCCGAGUUGUGGUAUGCCAGGUGCCCGGCCCGGUGUGCAAAAUGGCAGUGUGCGUUCCAACGCCAUGUAAGGAUCACAAGGGGAAGCCGCAUACGCUGGAGCACUUGGUGUUUUGUGGGUCAAAGGCGUUCCCUUACCGUGGAUACAUCGACACAGUGGCAUCGCGCAACCUCGGCCUGCCCAUGAACGCGACGACCUUUAAUGACAUGACACUGUUCAAGUUCAUGGGGCUCACCCAGCAGGGCGCUGCAAAUGUCCUGCCCGUCGCACUUGAUCACAUCAUGCACCCGCUGCUGCUGAACACGCAUUUUGCAACUGAGAACAUGUACCCGCCUCGGUCGACGUACUCGUUUGGAGCCGGCGGCCUUCCGCAGAGCAUCUCCGAGCUGACAAACGAUGAAAUCAAAGAGUACCACGCCAAAUACUACAACUACGGUGACAUCACCCUGCUUCUCGUCGGCGCCUACGAUGAGUGCCCAGCCGAGAUUUUUGAUGCGCUGGACAAACUGGAUGCCGAGAUUUCAGCCGCGCCGCCCAAGAUCUCUCAGCCAAUGAAAUCGCCGCAGAUUACCCGCGAAAAGCGUCGCCACGACGUCGUGUUUGCGUCAGAGAGGACCACCAAGGGCUCAAUGGCAUUUGCGUGGGAGGGGCCGGCCUGCGAGGAUGUCGAAACCCAGAUUGCGCUGGAGAUGCUGAUCGACUAUCUGAAGAACGAGCCGACAUCACCGAUGCGUCUGAGGUUCACCAACCGCCCAGUGCAGAUUGCCGGGGAUAUCGACUUCUCCAUCCGCCCGUAUAUCCCAACCAUGAUUGAGCUCAAUUUUCUCGAGGUGCCUCUCAAAUCGUAUGCCACGCACCUGGGAGCUGCAGUGGCAUCCACUACCAUGUCGACGCAGAACCGCCGUCCGCCCACAUAUGUUCCUGUAUCCCAAUCAGCAAGUGCAGCAAGCAGCUACCCGUCGCCUGCCGAAGCCUACGGGGCUACUGACCUGACUACACAGAGCGACGAUGUAGUUAAUCUGUUCUCACAUAACAGCUACCGCCGUAAGUUGAUGGACGUGUUCACAUACAUGACCGACUACUGGCUGGAACACCGGUGGUCACACUUCCACAGCUAUAUUGUCAAGCGCAACGCGGCUAUUGCAGCAGCCUUCGGGAAGACGGCGAUGGACUACGCUGAUAUGUAUGGCCUCGUCCAGAUGCUGUCUCGCGAUGCAACAGCGUUCCGGUUCUCGCCCGAGUCAAUUGCAAAGUCUAGGCCUAAGUUUGGCUCGCGUGCCAAGCAGUUCACGAUCCGCCGUGAGCUCGAGCAGAAGGACCACAAGUUCUGGGAAGCACUUAUGCAGCGCUGGCUGAUUGACAACAAGCUGGUGCACCUGGCAAUGAUUCCAGACUCCAAGAUGAGCAUUCAGAUUGAGGCCGAACGCAACCUGAGAAAGCGCUCAUUCUUGGAAAGCCUGACGCCGGAGAAGAUGAAGGAGGUCGAGCGAAAGAACGCUGAGGCCAUGGAGUCAACCAAGAUCAACAUUCCGAUGGAAGUGCUGAGGGCGAUGCCCCCGACGCCCGAUGUCUCCAAAGUGCAACUGCCGCCGUUCUACGGAUUCGGGUUCAACUUGGCUAGCGAGCGUGCGGGCCAAGCAACACCGUUUGGCUACGGUCGCGUGUUGGUCGUGCCGACUGAGAUUGAGGCCAGGUUCCAGGUCUCCCUGCCUUUGGCUGGCCUGUCUUGCGACUUGUAUCCGUACCUGGUUCUGUUUACUGAGCUUCUGGCCACCCUUGCAUCCGAGCUGAUGAAUGGCGAUGACGGCCAGGAGAUGCAGCCAUCCGAGAUGCCCAUGCAGUACAUUCCUAGCGAGCAGGUGGAUGCGUCGUUCAGCAAAGCAGCAAUCUGCGCGCUGCGUUCAGGGCUGAUGGUUUUGAAACUGCUGUUUGGCGACUUUGGCAUCGAUGCUAUCCACAAAACUGCUACCCGCCUCAGAGCUAUGGUGAACCGCAACAAGGAGAUGCACAACUCGAUACUCAUUGACAUGUUCCAGUGGCUGCGUGCACCUGGUGCAUUCGAUGCCAGCUCGCUGGUCAGGAACCCGCUUGUGCCUGGUGUCAUCACAAACACCAGCAAGGAGCCACUGGGACGUGUCCUGAAUUUGUACUUCCAGGCAUCAUUCAUGAAGUCUGUGACGCAGUCUCUGUCAAGCGCAGUGUCGGGAGACGAUGCGAUGCCAUCCAGCACGCACAAAGUAAGCGAUGCAAUUGCCCGCAUCCGCAUGCAUUUUGCAAACUGCAUAGCCCGCACUGGGCUGCUCCAUGUCACUUUGCCUGAGAAGCAAACCGACAUCAAGGCUCGCGUUAUAGUGGACGCUUUGAUUGAGGAGUGGCGGGUGCGCACAAGCAUGUGGCGUGAGACCCACCUGACGAUCAUCGCUCCAUCGUCGCCUUCCGAGCCCGUAGUGCCUUACGCCUCGCCAAUCCCCUUGAUCACUACCGCACAAUUGCAGGCGUCUGGGCCGCCACGCAAGCGCCGCAGGAGCACAGCACAGCCAGUGAAGGCUGUGCCGGAGCACAAGAGCCCUGUGGUUGCGGGACCGCCUGGUGAGCGUCGCGGCAGCCGCCUGUUUCUGCCGGAGCUACGCACAUCAUACUUUGGCGUCCAGGUCCCGCUCGACAUCCCCAAGGAUCCAGUGGAUACGGCAUUGGUUUCCAUCGACAAGCAGCUCGAGUCCUUGCCAGCACUUGACAUAUUCUCUUUCCAAAUCCUGGCUGGGCUGCUGAGUCGCUCAGAAGGACCAUUGAAGAACGCAAUCCGCGGACGCGGCCACGCCUACGGAAUCGGCAUCCACGCUCGCGCAGAAAACGGCCAUAUGGCGAUCUACAUCAGCCAUGCAGUCGACCCUAUCAAGGCGCUGCACGCGCUGUGGGAGGUGAUCGAAGACAUGUGCACCGAAGAAGGCUGGGCUGCGCGUGUCAAUGAGGUCCAGCUCGAGGCUGUCCAAAGCCCAGGCAGCGCCAUCCCGUUUGACGAUGCAACAGCCAUCCUGCGCGGGUUCUCGGGGCUUGAAGAGUCGAUCAAGUGGUCCGCCCGCCACAUCGAGCAUAUCACACUCGAUGACCUGCGCCGCGUAUUCCUAAGGUUCUUCCGGCCGAUCGUGCAGAAGACUGGCAAACACAUUUAUCUGUUUACUACGCCCACCAAGACCGAAGACGAGGAAUCUGAAUUCAUGAAGCAGCUGAAUGACAACCCGUACGACAUCGAGUUCAAGCAGAUCGAACUGUCUGUCUUGGAUCCUAUCAUCAGCCUCUAG